AUGAGGAAUAACAAGAUUGAUUGCCACUCGAAGAUGAAGAUGGAUGUCUCUCAGCUCUGUGACCGUAGAAAUGAUGAGAUAAAGCGUCAAGCAGAUCUUGCUCAACACAGAGAAAGAGAAGAAAAACGUCAGAGAGCUCAGGCCAGAGAAAUUAAGCCAAGAGAAGUCAUGGACCGUCGUGUCCAAUCUACAACCGCUGAUGCUCCCUUUGACACAAGUGCCCCACUGCAGCAGAUUCCACCAUCCCCUCAUCCCAAGGAAGCAGCCGAGCAACAAGCUGAGCCUGUGGUAGUUGUUCCUACAUCAGUCGAACAAGAAGCUGAUGUUGUGGACAUGUAUAUUGUCAAUCCUAAUAAAGUGAAUGCCAUGCCUGAGCAGAAUGCUCCCGAAGAAAAUACUGACGAAGAGAUUGAGAUGGAAAAGCAAGUCCCAUCGCCUGAGAAGGAUAUUCAAGCUGAACCCUCCCGAUCCACAAAGGAGGGAGAAAUGAUUGAGGGGAGCAAGUUGAUGCCCAAGCCAGAACAUGAAGAAAAGAAACCUAGAGAGCCCAUGGCUCCCGAAGAGAAAGUUCAAGAAGAUGCACCACCAGUUCCGCAACACCAAACUAUACCACCAGUGUUGCCGCAGCAGGCUAUAGGAGAACUAGCUGAGACACUUGAGUCUCAAGAAGUUUUUGUGCUGCCACCAGUUGAUGUCUCACCGAAAGAAAAGGCCCUUGUGCCUGAAUCUGAAAAAGCCGUUGAAGGAGUUCCAGCGAAGGAAAAUGACAGUCCGUCCAGUGACCCCAUGCCAUCUGCUUCAGAGAAGGAUAUGAUACCUCAUGCUCUAGUGCAUCCCUCUGAUGAGAACGCGCCUGCCGAUGAUGAUAUUCAACCGAUGGAAAUUAGCAAAGAAGUUUAUCAGAAAAAUCCUCAGGAAUCAUUUCCGCUUUUUAUCUGA